UUGAUAUUAUAGAUUUAUUCAUCGAAUAAAUGACACACCUACACAAUGUCAGACAACGACUGCUCGGCUUACACCUCUGAGGAAGAAACAUCGGAUGAUGAAAACGAUGUAAUAUUACCGGCAAGGGCUGAGAAUAGGCAGAGAGAUAUAAAGCGAUCUAACUUGUUUUUUGCAACUCACAUCGAUGCUAAUGAUGCUAUACGAAGUAACCAAAUAUAUAAACGUAACUAUUACGAAAAAGGUUUAACCAAAGACAAAAGGACAACAGUACAGCAUGUUCUAGAUAAACGCACAUAUGUCAGAUUAAGGAAACUUUGCGGUCAAGGGGUGUUUCACUAUAUGCAUGGUACUAUUAGUACUGGUAAAGAAGCCAAUGUGUUUGAGGCUGAAACUCUCCAGCCAGAAACAGUAUACCAGAAAGAAAAUGGUGCGUUCGAAGAAGAAGAUAAGACAGCUUUAGAUGACGAAGAUGGAAUAGAUGGUGAUUAUCUUUCAUCAAUAUCAACUGCAUCAAAGCAAGGAGACAUCGAUGGCUUGACAAACAAUCUGGAAUCCCUUGAUAUAGCAUCAGGCUCCGGAUCUUCAUUAUCUUCAGAAAAUGGUAAUUUAAUCGCACAGAAGUAUAUGAGAGUGGCUAUCAAAGUCUAUAAAACAUCCAUUCUGGUAUUCAAAGAUCGUUCGAGAUAUAUUGAAGGCGAAUUCAGAUUCAGAAAUGCAUACGUUGGUAAUAAAAACCCUCGGAAAAUGGUUGCGCAGUGGGCAGAAAAGGAAUUUAGGAAUUUAAGACGUAUAGCGUUAUCUGGUUUAUACUGCCCUGCACCAAUAGCACUUAAGGAUCAUAUUUUGGUAAUGGACCUUAUAUUGAAUGGUGAUUCUGUGGCACCGAAAUUAGAAAACUUGGGUGCACUUCCUCUAGUAGAAUGGCAGUCCAUAUAUGUGCAAACGUUGUGUAUCAUGAGAACAAUGUUCCAGGAGUGCAAAUUAAUUCACGGAGAUUUGUCUAGCUUCAACUUGCUCUAUUCGAAAGGUAGAGUAAACGUCAUUGAUACAUCACAAGCUUUAGAAAAUGAUCACCCUAAUGCAAUGCCAUUCUUAAAAAGAGAUUGUGAUAAUGUGACACGAUUUUUUGAAUCAGUAAACAUUAUCCAAGAGUGUAAUGACGAAACACUGCCUUAUAGUCGAAUGAAAAUGUUAACAUCUGAACAAUUGUUUUGUUUUGUUGUUGCCCGAGAUUUAGAAGGGGUGGAAAUUAAUGAGGAUAGUGAUUUAUCUAUUCCGUUGACAACGACACAUCAAAGUGUAUGGGAUGAUGAAGCUACUGUCGAUAUAAAAAGUUUUUGGGAGACGAAAUACUCAGAUAUAGAAAACGAAGUUGCACAGUGUGUUGAGAAAAUGACACGCUUUAACAAAUUCGGUACAUCAAAGGAUAUCAAAUCGCUUAUAGUCAAGAAACGUGUGAUGUAUCUAAACCUUUGCAAUGCAGUUUUUAAUUUUCUUACAGGAUCUGUUUUUUCAAAUGAAAAUAUUAAAUCGCAUAUACCGUGGCUCAAACGUGUAAAUUUUGACAAAAGCCUGCCGAUGAAUAUAUCGCAAAUGCCAUUGGAUUUGGCAGAAAGUGUUGCAACGCACAAGGACAAUGUUAUCAUUCAAUUGAAUGACAUUUCUCAUGAUGUACCGUCGGAGGAUUCUUCUAUCCACAGCGAUGAAGGCAUCUCUGAUGACGAAACCCAUGAGAUAAAAACGGAAAAUGAAGAUGAUGUAAACGGGAAAACAAUCGAUGCUGCUCCUAAAUUUACGGGGAACAUACCGGAAGGUAUUGACCCAAGGGAAUGGAAAAAGUUAGUAAAGGCAUUCAAUCGUGAACGGCGUAAAAAUAAGAUACCGAAGCACAUCAAGAAAAAGUAUGGCACGAGUAAGAAGUAAAGUGGGAAAAGAUAAAUCAUUGCUACGUCAACACGGCAUCUUCAG